UUCCCCAUCCACAAGCACAGACCGCCUCUCCUCAACUGCCAAACACGCACCCUUUCCCUCAAAGAAAGCCCGCAUUGAAUGAAUUAGGGUUUUCUUGUUUCAAUUUCCCCUAAACUGUGUAUGUGAAUUCAAAGCAAUUAAUCAAUAAAAAUCCACAUGCUAAUAAUUAGAGUUUUUAAUCAGUCCCGAUGUUGAGCUUAUCUCAACGACCCAUUUCUGCUCCUUCAAUACCCAACCUUAGGGUUUUUAAUCGACCUCGAAAUCACUCUCUUUUUGCGAGGAAUAAUCGGAUCUUUGAAUCCAAUUCGAAGCUACCAAAGCUUAAAUGGAGAAUUUCGUUCUUUAGAAAUGAGGAAAUUUCUCAGGUAAAUCCUGGGUCUGAUAGUGUUGAACGCUACGUGCCUGAGGAAUUGGUGAAGCCUGAAUUGGAUAACUCUACGAAUGUUAAAGGAGAUUGGAUAUCGAGUCUUCGAGAGGCUGCUCAUGUAGUGUUGAGGGCAUUUGGGAGCCGGUGGACUGUACCAUGGACAGCAGAGACCAUAGUUCAGGUGAUGCUUCUCUGGGUUGUUUCAUUCUGGUUCAUAGGGUCCUGGGUGAUUCCUUUUGCAGCACACAUUGCAGGUUUCAACAAGGAAUCUCUAACAUUUAGAGGUCAAGCUUUGUUCAGCCUUGUGACUGAUGUGACUGAAGGCCUUGCUGGAAUUGCAAUUCUUCAUCGUUGUCUGUCUCGAUUUCGUCCCCUUUCAUCUGAUUGGUUUAGGUUCAGGCUGAAAGGGAACUGGGUGUUUGACGUUGCUCUUGGAUGUCUCAUGUUUCCACUAGUUAACCGGCUUUCACAGUUCAACCUUAGCCUAUUGCCUAUUCUGCCUUCAACACCUGUCACCCUCUCAAGUGUUGAGCAGUCAAUUGCAGCACGGGAUCCAGUGGCGAUGGCACUGUAUGCAAUAGUAGUUUCAGUGUGUGCUCCUGUAUGGGAGGAAAUAGUCUUCCGGGGUUUCCUUCUCCCAUCCUUGACCAGGUACAUGCCAGUCUGGUGUGCAAUAUUGGUGAGUUCAGUUGCCUUUGCGCUGGCACAUUUUAAUGUACAGAGAAUGCUACCGCUUAUUUUUCUUGGAGUGGUGAUGGGUGUUAUAUUUACAAGGUCACGGAAUUUAUUGCCAUCUAUGCUUCUUCAUAGCCUCUGGAAUGGUUUUGUAUUCUUGGAUUUAAUGAAAUAGCUCCUUAGCUUUGUACCUCACGUAUACAUUUACCGGUUGGUCACCUGUCAAUGGAACAUAGGCACAGGCUGGUGUUGUGGAGCCAUAUGCUUAUCGAAAGGAAAUUGAGCAUGGGGUUUCUGAGAAGACUGCAGCUUUGGCAAUGUUGAUCAACCAAUGUCUUCUUCUAUAUAGGUCCACCAACAGAAUGCAAGUUAGUAUUAAUUGACAGAGAUUCAUAGGCCCCUCUAUUAUGUCUUUUCACUUGUAGAAUUAGUCCAUUACAUCUUUCAGUCAGGCCUGUAAUUAUACUAGGGACAAUAAGGGAGAAAGGAUAAUCCUUUUUCUUCCCGACAGUAUCUUUCUUGUUAGCGUUGUAAAAUACUGUGUUUCUAAAUGGGAUCCUCUCUUUUCCUCCUUU